GAAGGUGGAAAGAUGGCGCUUUCAGAGCUGGAAACGAUGGAAAAGACGGAUGAUUUAAGAGAAUUUCGUGUGGCAUUUUUCGCUAUGAGCCGUUUGGCUUCUUUUCCCUGGACUAUGCUGGAGGACAAUCUGCAGGGCAACAAGUCAUCAGAGUUGGUUUCACAGCUGCUGAAGCAAACGUGUCUUCAUCCUUUGUGCCUGAAGUUUCCACCAUCAGUCAGAUACCGGAGGUUGUUUCUCUCAGAGAUCAUCAAACGGCAUGAGGCCACAACCAGUGAUCCUCUGGACGAGCUGUACGACGCUUUGGCUGAGGUGGUGGGAGCCGCGGAGGCCGGCGAGUGCUACAAGAGCUACUUCCUGCCCAGCGGAGACGCCGUCAGCCUGCUGGAAAACACGGCUCUGAUCUCACAGGGGACCACUGGCCUUGUGACCUGGGAGGCAGCCCUCUACCUGGCAGAGUGGGCUCUGGAUCACCAGCAGCUCUUCACUGGAAGGUCAGUUCUGGAGCUGGGCAGUGGAGUUGGAUUGACCGGCAUCACCAUCUGCCGCUCCUGCAGCCCGCGCAGGUUCAUCUUCAGUGACUGUCACCCCGCAGUCCUGCAGAAACUGAGAGAAAACGUCCAGCUGAACGGUCUAAGCCCGCGGACAUGUCCUGCCGUGGCUGUAGAGGAGCUGGACUGGACGAUGGUGACCGACGAGAGGCUUGGAGAGAUCAGAGUUGACACCAUCAUCGCUACAGAUGUGGUGUACGAUCCUGAAAUCACAGGGAGUCUGGUGAAGCUGCUCUCAAAGAUCCUGAACCAUUCUUCUGCUGAGGUCCGACCAGAGAUCCUGAUCUGCUCUGCCGUCAGAAACCCAGACACGUACAGCACUUUCAAACAGCAGCUCGAAAAUGCAGGAAUCAGCCAUCGGGUGAUGAGCGGCCCCGUCAGUGCCGUGUUUCCCUACAACAGACUUGCUUCAAUAGAGUUGAUGAAGCUGUGCAGGUGACAACAGGGUAGCACAAUAAAGAUUUUAUUCACAAAUGUACAUCGUAUCAAAGUGUUUUGGUUUUUCUUUAAAUACAAAACUACAGGAAUGAAAAGAUGACGCUGCUUCACUUUGUUUACAGUUAGUCUCAUCUGAGAACACAUUGGUCCUUUAAACAUCUACUCGUCUGUUAAAGUGUUC